ACUCCCUUUUGUGCUGUUAACCUUAUUCUUAUUACACAUUAGAUAGGUAGGUAGGUAGACGACACCAGUAUCUUUUUUCGCGUCUGCUUUCUCCGUCAGUUGGCAUUGAGUGCUAGACCACCUUUUCCGUUUACCCUUACUCUGAGUGGUUAGAGGAUUAGCUGCAACCCUAUUAUCUUCUACUGAGUGGUUAGAGGAUAAGGAGCCAACCUAUUCUCUUCUAUGAAUUACUACCUCUAUAUCAAUAAAGGAAAACUCCAAAUGACAAUCUAUUCUAUUGUCAUUCACAAAUUACUGAGUACGAAGGCACAUCUAGGCCGUCGGGUAGCUGCUCACCAUUUCAACAAAGUCUAUAUAUGUGGUUCUAGAAAUGGAAUUGCUAUUCUCGAUUCAGACAAGACACUGAUUUGUUUACGAAAUGCUUUGAAUUUCAUAGGAUCUCUCAUUCGUCAAAAAGGCCGUUCCUUCCUUUUAAAGACACAGAAUAAUCAUAUCUCAUAUAUAAUGGAAGAAAUGGCGAGCUGUAUCAAUGAUUCUCAAUGUCGGAUCGGGGCUUUUUUCACCCAUUCUUGUUCCAGUCCCACUAAAAUACGUUCGAGAAAGAAUAAGAUCAAUUUAGGUUCGAACCAACAACCUGAUUGUGUCGUUAUUCUGGAUCCAGAGAGAAAGUGUUCGGUCAUACAGGAAGCUGAUCGAUCACAAAUACCUAUAGCAUCCUUAGUGUUUUCUACGAUCCCUUUGAUAUCCUAUAAAAGAAUCACUUAUCCCAUUCCAGCGAAUGAUCCUAUACAGUUCAUAUAUCUAUUUUGUCAUUCGAUCACGAAAACAGUUAUUCUUGAACGGGGAAGAAUCGUUGCGAUUCCAGAGAAUCAAUCCAACCGUGUAAUAGCUGUGUUAUAGAAUUUCUGAAUAACCUCCGGACAGAGAAAGGAUCAUGGCGAAUCAUCUCUUUAGGUCGUAGAUACUAUACUAAAGACACUUCUCGGAUAAAGCGUUACAAAGGCAGGUGCUUGGUCCCUCAAACUAGGUGUUAUGCGGCUACAACCAUGGCUAUUUCCAUCCUUUCACUCCACAGACCACUCGGGUUUUUCUUAUGGAAGUUGGGAAUAUUCGCAUCCACGUAUCUUUACGGACAUUGGAAGAGGAAUUGGCACGCCUCUCCUAAUCGAUAGGGCCACUUUUGAAGGUCACUAUGGUCACUUUGCGAGAGUCCUCUUAGGUAUUAGUUUCUCAUCCCCUACCACCAUUUAUAGAAUCGGUCAUUCUCUGGGUUUUCCAUCUCGCCUACUACAAUAGAAUAUUCCACCCUAUUUCUGUACUUUUACAAUAGAAUAUUCCACCCUAUUUCUGUACUUUGUCUUCUUCUAUCGGGCAUACCCCGGCCGAGCACUCAGCGUCAAAAGAUCCAUUCGACUUGCAAGGGAACCAAACAAGCAAACAAGCAAC